ACCGUUCCUAUUUGGCUUUUCUAUUUCUCGUGCUGUUUCUCUCUCUCUCUCUCUCUCUCUCGCUCGUAUACAUCGUUCUGUCUCUGUCUCUCUCGCGCUGCUUUAUGGCCGCGGCACGAUAUAACACUUCUCUCAUGCUAUACUAGCAGCUAGCAGCAGCAGCAGCAGCAGCAGCAGCCAGCCAGCUAACAGCAGCAGCAUCGCGGCCCGACGGCUGCUGGACUUUUGCCUUACGCCAACUGUUCUGCCACGCUCUGCUGUUUUCUUCUGCCUGUACUUAUAUAUUUUCAUGUGGUGCUCUACGACUACUGUGUGAGACUGUCUAUUUUUUUUUGGCUGCUCCCUGCAAAUCACCUGGUCUCUGUGUGUAUCUGUGUGUCUGUGUCCGUGUGUAUACAUGUGUCUUUGUGAUCAUUGUAUUUAUAUAUGGCAAAAGGUGCGCGGGCAAAUAUGUGUGCAUGUGCUGCGUGCUGAGUGCGGUCAAGAUUCCCGUCGAUGAAAUCGUUUCGUUAAUGAAUGCUCGUCGUGUCCAGGGCCGAAUGGAGUCACAGCUCCGUUCAGCGGCGACAAUAAAGGAAUUUUCGUGAUAACGACCGGACACAGAGUGGCCGCACAGUGGACGACUGCUGUGCUUCUCGUAACAAGCCGGGCAAAGAGUUGAGUCGAGCUGCAGCAGCGGAGAGCUGUCGUCCUUACGUCAGGGAUGGCAGCAGCAGCAGCAGCAGCAGCCGUCACCGACGAUACCAUCAGCACACAGCAGCCUGCCAAAAAGGAUGACGUCGACGAUCUGGCGCCAGGUCACAAGAUCCUGGUGCAAGUCGACUCGGUACUGCCCGACAUCCUCGUGGUCAGUUACCUGAGAAACGGCAAGACGUUUCAGGGUGCGCUGCUCGAUGCCACCAAAAGAGGUCUUCCAUGUGGUAUACAGCCACCGGAGCCGAUUCCAGACCCGGACGGCGACAAGCUGUCGACGAUAGCCGCCCGCUUCAGCUAUUUCCAAGAGAAGCGCCACACUGCCCUCUCGAAGAUAGAAAUUAAACGACACACGAGCGCGCCAGGCAAGGGCAAAGGCAUACGACCCACCGUCAGACUGAGACCGCGACAGGUACUGUGCACAAAAUGCAGCUCGAUAUGCAACGAGAAGAGCGAGAACGUCGGCCGCAAGCGCAAACACGAGGACGCGACGUCGACGGCUACGACGGCCACGGCGACGACAACCACGCCGCAGGUGCCGCAACCUCGGCGAAGCGAUCGUCGCUGCACGUCUCAGCAGCGUCUCGCCCAGCAGCAGCAGCAACGGCCGAUCACGCCUCACGGACAGAACACCAGGAGCCAACAGAGGCUGCUCCAGAACAGCGAGAAGACGAACCACAACGCGGCCGUAGCGACACCAUCGUCGGCCUCGCGAUUCGAUGCAUCCCAGUACGACGGAAGUGGUCAGUCGGCGAUCGGUCCGGUGCUCAUUCCCAAAAUGCCGAAACUCCAUCCCAACGAGAUCAGCGCCAUGAAGAAUAAAUGUGCUCGGACUCGAUCGCAAUACUGGACGGACCGGGCCGAGGAGGCUGUCAACGAGGCCAGCGGUCAGGAGGGCAAUCAAGCGUCGUCUCAGGCUGCGGAACCAGUCGCCAUCGACAGCAAUCCGACGCAGGCCUACUGUGCCACGCCUAGGCGUCUCAGCAGCUCUUCGGUCGAGAGCGCCAAAAUUCCAGUCAACGAGGAGGACAAGAAGACCUUUGCUGCCGCCGACUCCACCGUCAAGAGUUCGGGCGGUCGUACGGGACGAGUGACGCGAAAGAAGCGUGGCAUCGGCUCCAUGGAGGACCUGUGGGACGAGUCCGUCUUCGAGGAUCCCGGCAGAACGACGACGACGACGACGACGGUGACGGCGGCGCCGGCGACAGCGACGACCACGACGACGAAAACGACUCCGGUGAUCAAGAUCUGCUUCGGGACUCAAGGCGAAGGCACGGUAGUGAAAAUUCCGGCAAAGAUCCAGAACCCCUAUCCGGAUACGGACACAGAGGAGGCCAAAAUCGAGCCGAAACUGCCGCUGAGCGGCUACACGCUCGCCCAAAACCGACUCGGGGUGAAAAACGGCGACGGUGGCGAGAGUCAAGACUCGAUCGACCUGGUCAAGCAGAGCCCGAGCGGUAAAGACAGCGAAACGGCGACCUCGAAGGCCGCAAAGAAAGCAUUGAAGAAGGCCAUGAGAAAGGCACAGAAAAAGAUGUUUUCUGCUUCGCCGCUGAGAUCGCCCAUCAAUGGCUCCCCAAGGUAUACAGCCAAUUUCCUAUCGACGGACCUCUACCACAGACGCAAGCACAAAGUUAAGCAUAAAAAAAAGCACAAGGAGGAGCGCAAACACAAACAGCAGCAGAAACAGUUGGUGGACGACGAGAAGGUGGGCUCGACUCAGCAGCCUCAACAACCACAGCUCCAACAACUUACAGACUGUCAUGUGGAUCAUCAAGCUCAGCAGCGACAGGAGCAUCCAAAUUUGGUCGUCAAUGACGAGGACGCCAAGGAGCAAUGCCUCAAGCAGAAGCUUUCGAUAUCGCUGAAGAGACUGACCACGAACGCUUACGCCCCUCUCGGCAGCGAUCUUCAAAGCAGUUAUCCGAUAAGCAACGCUUCGUCGGGCUGCAAAAGCCCCGGGGCUAGUAGCGACGAGGACGAGGAGGUCGUGGACGAGGUCGCCGCCGAGACGGCACCGGUGUUUCCGGCCGCCGAGCACUCGCUGGUCAUGAGGCUGUCGGCCGCUGCUACCACGACCGUCGGCUUUUGCUUCACCAAUGCCGGCAAGAGGAUGGAUGUGGGUGACAUCGUCUGGGGUAAAGUGACCGGCUUCCCAUGGUGGCCUGGCAAGGUCUUGAGCAUAACGGAUUCGCGAAAAGAUGACGGUACGUCCACAGGGCCACAGGCGCACGUGGCUUGGUACGGUUCCACGACGAGUUCCCUCAUGUCCUGUGAUCAGCUUAGUCCAUUCCUCGAAACGUUCAAGACACGUUACAACAAAAAGAAAAAAGGCCCUUAUAAGGAAGCCAUCAAGCAAGCACAGAGCGAGGCUCGAAGUCAAAUCGCCUCGGUUCCUUCGAUCGCCCCAGGCAGCGUGCUCGACGUCUGCGGCUCGCCGAGGGAAGUCAACGUUUUGUCUUAAGAAUUAAAAGUACGAUUAAUCGAAAAAUUGUACAUUGCGAAUGAUGCACGAAAAUUUAGCUGAUGUACAUAAUAAUGUAGGGUGAUACUGCUACUACGCACGUGUGCAUAGUUCGACGAAUUUUUGGAAAUCGAUUUUUUUUCCUCUUUCGUUUUAUGCAACGAAACAAAGUUUGUUGUCAUUUAUUACUUAUGAGAAAACUUGAAUUUUAUAAAAAUAUAUGAGUGUUAUUUUAUAUUAGAUAUCAUUAUAUAAUUGACGUACGAAAACAAGUCGCACGUCGAGCGAUAAAUGAUAUUAUAUAUAGUUUCGACUAUUUUUUCUAUUGAAAAAAAAAAUCAAGUAAACAAGAACACGAUGAAGGGAAGAAACUCAUACAUGUAUUGUACGGAUUUUCAUCGUACACAAUAAUGCUGUGAAAUCCAAAGUCUUUGUAAACGGGCUCGCAUUCGAAAAACACCGAUGCGUCUGUGAUAAAACAACUCUUGCUAAGAAUUUAACAAAAAAAAAAAGAAAGAAGCUAGUAAAAGACAUUAAUGUCUUUUUUCCUUUUGGAUACGUGCAAGGCAUACUUCAAUUGACGUUGCAUUCGGCGAAAUAGCUGAUAAUUUUAUCAGUUGCCGUCUAAUCUCGGUGCGUCUCUCUGCGAACACAAAUAUGUACACACAGUGUGCCUGAAGACAAACGAGAUUCGUGUGCGAGGCAAGUGUUGUUUAACUGAAAAAUAUAACACGCAGGUAUAUUAAGAUUUUGUUUAAAAAAAAAUGGUUUUUAUUAUUUUUGCUUUGGGAAAUUCGAGAUUUCGAUCAAAUCUUCAUUAUAUCGUAUCGUUUUGCGACAUCGAAAUUGUCACUCUUCGAAUUUCCACCGUAAACCACAAAUCACGUGUUUCAACAACCUUCGUCGCUUGCAACUUUAUACAUUUAUACGUCACUGCUUUAUUACGUUGGUCGCUCUUUAUUAGUUGAAAAAAAGGAAAGCGUACGAGUGUAACACUACAGCUUUUUUGUUGGUUUUUUUGCGUUAAUUUUUUUGCUCCACUUAUAUUCCGAUAAAUAGUGAAAACAAAAUGGAUGUUGCAUUAAGUGUAUACAUGAGUAAGUUUGUGAGUGUAUGUGUAUACGUGCGCAAGCCUAUGUAAGAACGAUGUGGACUAGAUAAACAAUUGCUUAGUUAAAAGUCAAUAAAUGUUGAGAUACUUUUUUUCUCUAUAAAAUUGUCUGCUUACCACGUUACACGAUCGUAUGUCAAAGUGCAGCCGAGCUUAAUGAAUUAUGUUUUCGUAUCGAGUUCAUAUAUGAGAGGAAAUGUAUACGUAGUAGUCACUGCCACUUUGCAAUUACACAAUCGGUGUAAAUCAACGUAGCAAGUCUUUAGCGAAAAAAUAAAAAUAAAAAUUGUCGGAGCAAAUGCUCGGCGUUUUGUAAACGAUUUAGAAAUAGAAAACAUUCGAAAUAGGGAUAAUUGAAGGAUUUGACGAGUAAUUUUUUUAAUGGUAAUUUUUUCACGAAUGACGAAAGAAAACAAGAGUUUAGUGAGUUCAGAUUACAAAAUGGAUGAAUUUAAUUUUAUUAAUUAUUGAAAAGAAUACCAAGAUUUUCCUAUUAACUUUGGUAUUAACUUUGGCUAUUAAUCAUUGAACUGCAAGAUAGUUUUAUCUUCUUAAUAAAGCAUUUAUUUGUAUUGUUAUUAAUGCAUUGAAGUUUAAAUUUUGGCAAAAUUAAAGUUAAUUUAGCUUUUUUGAUUGAUCAAAGGAUGAUGAAUAUAAACCUAAUACGCUUGAAAAAUAUAGAACAAAACUGUAUUUCAUCUAUUUGGUAUAAGGAUAUAAAAUUUAGUUUCUGAAAAAACGGAGAAACUCAUAAUGAAAAUAAUCUCCAUGAGAAAAAAACUAUGAUAUAACAUUAUGCUAAACAAAACCAAUGUAAAACUCACACGUUGUAUAAUAAAGCUGAUGUAAAAAAGCAUCUCUAUAAUAUACAUACAUACCUAUACGCGUCGACCAAGGAUAACAAAAAUGAAAAAAAGACAAAACGGCAAAGUGUUUUAAGUAACUGUGAUUUUUCAAAUAUUUCAUAAAUUAAAUAUAAUAUAUAUUACUAUAUGUAAAAAAUUUAUAAUUUCGUCACGAUGUUCUAUAUGUUUGUAUACGCGAAUUGAAACGAUAAUUUUCGCCCCGAUGGUUGAGUGUUACGCAGCGUUAACACGAAUGUCAAUUUACACUUAUAUUUAUAAUAGUACAUAGAUAGCACAUGAACGUUACGUGUGUAUACCGCUAUUUAUAUAUAAAAAUGAGUUGAGUAUGAGUUAGUUUUAGAGAUUUUUUUUCGUUGGGCCACCGAUGAAAAUGAGCCACAAAGUUAUGUGCAUAAAAAACUGGUAUUAUUUGUAAGGAUAAGGCAGAAGGAGAAAAAGUAUACGAUGUAUUGAUUGUAUACAUUUUUGUUCUUGUGCGAAAUUGUUAGGGUUUUUUUUUUUUUUUUUAUUAAAAAAGCAUA